AUGCAGCAGGGUUCCCGGAAGGCUCUGGGCAGAAGCGGGAUUGUUAUCUUGGUGCUGUGGGUGGAGGGUUUUGGUGGCCUCACAUCAGGGGCUCUUCAGCUCUGCCCCCAGAUCCUGCUGCAAUGCCCUCAGAAGAGCUCUGCCUCUCACCUGCUGUGCCGGAGCCAGGAGCCUGGCAGUCAUUCUGAACAGCCCCCAGCCCUGGCCUUGCUCCUCGCCCCCAAAGCAUCAAAUACAGAUGAUGCUGUUUUUAAACAUGUCCCAAAUCUCAUUACCACCAACCUCAUCUGGCCAUGCCUGGGCAUCUAUAGCAGCAUCUCUCUAACAUCCCAUAUACCUCUCCCCGUAUACCUCUCUCCCACACCCACAUUUCCAACACACACACACACACACACACACACACUCGUCUUUCUAAAAUGCACCUCUGGUGGUCUUACCUCUUGCCUGAGCUCUUCAUGUCCGGCGUUGCUCUUGGGGGUGCCCACCCCUCCACUGCCUGCUCAAACCCUGGGGCCACCUCUGUCCAGCUGCAUCCAGAGCCUUCUGGUCUCCAUUCAUGACCUCCGGGCCACACUCUGGUCUCCACCUCUGUCCCAGGAGAGCUCUUCUAACCUCGGGCCCUGCCCCUCCUGUUCUCCCUGCCAUGGCGGCUCCUGUCUGUCACGUAGCUCUCAGAGUCCUGAAUAUUUCUGCCAUGACACCAGUCCCAAGAAGAAUGGUUCUGUCAACCUACCAGCUCUCUCAUUUGUCAUCUUCUCUCCCACUACAAGAAACCACAGCCAGAGGCAAUCGUCCCACCACAAGCCUGGGGGGACGGCACCCCACUUUCAAGCAACCAAGCCAAGGGUCGUUUCCUAGAGAAUGGCAUCACCCAUCCUGAGCAGAGAAGGGAACUGCAGACAGGAAGAUGCCUAUGCAAUGCUUGUCGGUUGUCUAAAAGUUCAUCUGCAAAAGGAGACUGCUGGUGGUCAGGGGAAGCCACGGGUCAUCCACUGGAAGCCGUGUCCUGAGCUCGGAAGCUGGCGCUGUGAUGGAAACCAGAAGCCUGAAUCCAAGAGGAGACAGAUGAAGAGUCCUAAAAGUGUCCAACAAGACAGAAGCCCUGGGCUGGGGAUGUGGCUCAAGUGGUAGCACGCUCGCCUGGCAUGCGUGUGGCCCAGGUUCGA